AUGGGCGACGAGGGCUGCGACGACGCGAGGGCGUCGCUGCUGUCGCACGAGAGCGAGCCGGAGUGGGCGCAAGUGGCGGGCAUGGCGAGCGACCUCGUCGUCACCAUCGGCCAGCGCGCCUUCCACGUGCUCCAGUACCCGCUCUUCUCCCUGUCAACGGUGAUAGCGAGCGCGGCAGCAGCAGCGGACGAGGGCACGGGCCCCACGCAAGCGGACCUCUCGUUCCUCCCUGGUGGCGCGCUCUCCUUCGUCCCCAUCGCCUGCUACUGCUACGCCCGCCCCUGCCGCCUCUCGCCCCACUCCAUGCUGCUCGUGCGCUCUGCAGCAUCGCUGCUGGAGAUGAGCGCGUGUGGGUCCAGCCACGCACUGCCACUGCCUCAGCUGGCAACGCAGCGCCUGCAGCACCUCCUGCUGCACUGCCCGCCCUGCCUGCAUGUGCUCUCGUC